GGAAUCAAAGUUUUGGCACACCGAGCAGUUUCUCGUUUGUCUCAGUGAAGCUUGGCUGUCAUAAAGCUAUUUGUAUCUAUGUUGUUAUUAUAAACAAUUCUUGUCAUAUGAGAUCAAUACAAUUCUGUGUGCAUUGUACAAGCGGUGGAAAAGUUGAGCUGGUACGGUAAAACCGCUUAAGUCAAUGCGACGACAUGAGAAAAUGGGUUUCCCUGAUCGCAGAGGGCUCUGUCGAUAACAACUCGGGGUGUUUCGAGAGCAGCUCGUCCAUAAGGACUUUGAGCACUUCUUCAUGUCUGGAUCAUUUCGCUGACCGAACUGACGAUACACCCCCUGGAAUCUCAACAUCCGGGAUAGGGCAGAAAUCUCAUCUCGCACGGUCCCAGGCAAAGAGAAGGCUGGAGCUGGAAGCCAAUGACCCCCAGGAACUUCAGGAUGGAGGCAGGACUAACAAAGCCAAGAAGGAAAAAGGAGGAGGAAAGACUCCUGCCUCCAGUCCCAUAGCAGGCAAGCCCCCAUUUGAGAAGUCACGCUAUGAUACCUCGCUGGGUCUCCUGACACGGAGGUUCGCAGAUCUGCUGAGAUGCUCUGCUGACAGGGUGUUGGACCUAAAUGAAGCCACCCAGAAGCUCAAUGCCCAUAAGAGGCGUGUCUACGAUGUCACCAAUGUCUUGGAGGGGAUCCACCUCAUUAAAAAGAAGUCCAAAAACACGGUCGAAUGGUUGGGCAGUGAAAUGAAUUUGGGUGAAGAUCAAGGGCUGCCCGCUCUUAUCGAGGAGGAGAGAAAGCUGGAUGAGCUGAUCCAAACUUGUACACAGCAGGUUCUCCAGAUGUGUGAAGAUCGUCACAUUCAAAGGUUUGCCUAUUUGACAUAUGAGGAUAUUCAAAGGAUUGCCAGUUUAAAAGAACAGACUGUGAUUGUGAUCAAAGCACCUGCAGAGACAAAACUGGAAGUCUCGCAUCCAGAGGAGAGCUUCCAAAUCUACCUCACAAGCACCCGGGGGCCCAUUGAGGUGUUCCUCUGCUCUGAUGACCCCAUCCCUAUGGAGGCCACAGAUGCUUCUGGUUCUCAUGGUAACCACUUAAACUCCUCUGCCAGUGGAAAUGACUCCUCCCUCCUCUUGGCUUCCUCAUCCCUCUUCCAGGUGUCUUCCAAAGAUGAUGCAAACCAUUCUCUGGGAAUCAGUAAUGUUUCCAACCUGCUCUCUGAGCCAACACAAAACUCAUCAGCAUUUACUGUGUCACCUGUCUGCCCCAUGCCCACCUCCCUCAAACUCCCUAAAGCCCUUGUUGAAGACCAACAGAACUUUGUCACGCUCAGUCCACCUCUGGCCUUCUCCCUUGACGGGAACGAGUAUCUCCUGAACUUAGCUGCGAAUGAAGGCAUCACUGACCUCUAUAGCCCUGUUGACCUGGAUUGUUUGCCCCUGUGUAUGCCCCUCCUCUGAACAGCCAUUUUGGAAGUUCAUUUAUUUUGGAGGCAAUGGGUAACUUCACACAGGAUAUUAAGGGUAUACAAUAAAUGAACAAGCUGAUUUA